AUGCCAGUCAAAGCUGUUUGUGUCCUUAAUGGCGACGUAAGCGGAACAGUGUUAUUUGAUCAAAAGGAUGACAAGGCACCAGUUGUUGUAACUGGAGAGGUCAAAGGUCUAUCCAAGGGAAAACAUGGUUUCCAUGUACAUGAGUUUGGUGAUAAUACUAACGGAUGUACUUCAGCUGGUCCCCAUUUCAACCCAUUUAAGCAAGAUCAUGGAUCUCCAGAUGCGGCUGUGCGACAUGUUGGAGAUUUAGGCAACAUUGAAGCACAAGAUGGUGGAGUUACUAAGGUAUGCAUACAAGACUCCCAAAUCUCACUCAGUGGUCCUCACAGUAUUAUUGGACGCACACUGGUUGUUCAUGCAGAUCCAGAUGACUUAGGAAUUGGUGGCCAUGAGCUGAGCAAGACCACGGGUAAUGCUGGUGCACGUAUUGCCUGUGGUGUUAUAGGAUUGGCUAAAGCUGAAUAA